GUCUUUGGUCCCCUGUUUUAUAUCUGUUCUGCCUUCUCAGCCCCUUUAAAUAUUCAGGGUGUGUGUUUGAUUCCUUAACAAAGUCUCUGUCUUUUGUUGGUUGGUGGGUUUUGUGAGGUUCAUGGGGUUUGAAAUGAAACAAGAGAAAGACGUUUUGGGAUUGAUUCCGAGUAAGACUCAAGGUAAAGCUUGCAGCUCUAACUCUAGUUCUGUUAAUUCGCCUCAUAAUAAAAACAAGAAGAAAAAGAAGGAUAAUAAGAAGAAGGUGGUGAUGACAUGGCGCCGGAAGAAGACUGAUUCUCGGGCAGAAGAGAUAACUGCGGUUCGGCAGCUGUUGCUUACUUGCAAGGAAGUGUUCUCCAAGGGCGGUCCUGGAGUUGUUCCUUCUGAAGAUAAAAUCCAACAGCUACGAGGAGUUCUUGAGAAUAUGAAACCAGAGGAUGUCGGAUUAACUCCGACCAUGCCGUUUUUCCGACCAAUCCCCGGACCGAGUGAUGGGUCUUCACCACGGAUAACGUACCUGCCUCUACACGAAUGUGAACAAUUUUCGAUUGCGAUUUUCUGUUUACCGCCUUCUGGUGCCAUUCCUCUUCAUAACCAUCCAGGGAUGACCGUUUUUAGCAAGCUUCUCUUUGGUACAAUGCACAUCAAGUCGUAUGAUUGGGUGGUUGAUGCUCCAUUGAGAGAUCCGAAAACGCGGCUAGCAAAAUUGAAGAUGGACUCAACGUUAACCGCACCAUGCAACACCUCCAUCUUGUACCCGGAAGAUGGAGGGAACAUGCAUCGGUUCACAGCGAAAACAGCGUGUGCGGUGCUAGAUGUGCUUGGCCCUCCUUACUGCAAUGCAGAAGGCAGGCAUUGCACUUAUUUCCUAGAGUUCCCUUUGGACAAGUUCUCAUUGGAGGAAGACGACGUUUUGAGAGGUCAAGUGGAGAAAGAAGGUCGUGCCUGGCUGCAAGAAAGAGAUGAUAACCCAGAGGAUCAUAACGUAGUUGGAGCGCUAUACGGAGGUCCAAAGGUUGAGGACUAAGGGCUUUUUAUCGAGUUUUCAUUGGGUUUACCUCAUAGGAUAAAUCUAUAGGUUCACCAACCAAUAUAACACGGUUAUUUCAGAUUCGAAAUCUUAAAAAAAAAAAAUCCAAGAUAUUAUAUUUUAAAAAUAAAUAAAAAUAGUAGUAAUUACAAAAAAUAUUUUUUAAAAUAUAUUUAACACCGUUAACAAAACAGUAAACCCAAAACCAUAAUUCUAAAUCUUAAACAUUUGGAUAAAUCUAGACCCUUGAAUAAAUCAUAAACAUUAAAUAUUAAUUUUUAAAAAACUAAACAUUUCAAAACCUAGACCCUUGAAUAAAUCAUAAACAUUAAACAUUAAAUCUUAAAAACACUAAAUAUUAAAUCCUAAACCAUAAACCCUUAGGUAAAUUCUGAACCCUAGGAUUUAAUUUAAAAAUUUAGGGUUUAGUGUUUAGGAUUUAUGAUUUAAGACUUAGGAUUAAGGAUUUAAAAUUUAGUGUUUUAAGAUUUAAUGUUUAUGAUUUAAGGUUUAGAAUUUAUCCAGGUGUUUAGGAUAUUGACAGACCGAGAACACAAAUUAGUAUGAGACACAUAAUGUAAUUUAUAUAGAUUAGGGUUAUGUAAAUAAUUUUAGGUUAAUUAUUAAAAAAAAAAUGAAAAUGAGUGUUGGGCUUGUGCCACAUCCCUUUCUCACAUGGAUCUUCCCCUCGUUUAGGGGUUACAUUAGAUUUAGGAUUUAAUAUUUUAUUGAUGGUGUUAAUAAUAUUAAAAUAUUCUAUUUUAUAAUUACUACUAUUUUUAUUUAUUUCAAAAAUAUAAUAUAAUUUUAAAAUAUAUUUUUAAAAAUAUUUUAAAUAUAAAAUAACUAAAUUUAUUGGUUGGUGAACUUAGAUAUUCAUUUUAGGGAUAGACGCAAGAAAAACUAUUUUUAUCCAUUGCACUUUUUAAGUUAUGAAUUUUUUUUCUUUUUUAGUUUGGGCUUCUUAGUUUUUUUUGGGUCAAAUUUAGUUUAAAUUCUUCUUCGUACAUAAAAAAAAGGAAAGGUAAACAUGAAAAGAAAAAAGAGAUCAUUACUGUUUGCUUAAAUCUUCGGUCUAUGUUCAAGUUUUUCUGAUAGUAACAAAAUUAAAUAGUUGGAGUUUUUUAUACUUUAUAUUUGA